GGUUGGGGGUCCGUCGUCGUUACCGGGGCCGCGCCGCUUCAGGCCGUUUCUAGAACCGUUUCUAUUAAUACCGCCUUUCGGCGGCGGCGGCGGCGAAAAGGGAUUCCCUGUGACGUCAUUGCUAGGAUACCAAACAAACACGGCGAGCGCCAAGGCCAUAUAUGGUUAAUUGCGUCACAGGAACUCCGGCUUGGGGAGGCGGGGCGAGGGAUCCCCCCCGCUUCCCUCCGCCCCCUUCGGAUCCUCAUAACGGCGGCGAUCGCUGCGAGCGCGGAGCAGAACCGACGGACGCCGCCGACACCGGAGGGGUACAGAGGACCCCCCCCCCACACACACACACCUCCUCGACCCCCCCGUCUGAAAAUCGUGGAGCUGUGACGUCAGCAAAAAGGGGCGGGGCGCCGCCGUAUAAAGCCGCGGAACGCCGGAGAGCGGUUCAUUCAUAAAAAAAGCUUCAUUGAUUGAAGAGGGAAACGGCGAAAAAAAAAACAAAAAAAAACAAAAAAAGGGGGAAAAAAGAAAAAAAAAAAGAGACGGUCGGUACCGGAUGGAAUCGGGAAACGGUUCGGGAUUUUGAAAAGGAACAACGAGAGCCGGCAAACGGAGUUCGGAAAGGAUUAGAAGAGGAGAACGGGAAUCGGCAACGAAAUUCUCGGGAGUUUACAACGGAAUAAUCGGGACUUGGAAGGGUUUUACCGGAGCUUCAAAAACGGAUAACCGGGAUUUGGAAAGGUUCUAUUGGAUCUUCCGACGGAGAACCGGGAUUUCUAAAGGUCCUACCGGGACUUCGAAAGGAAAACCGGAGCCUGGGACGGACCCGGCAGCGGAGAAGCGGAGCUCGGAACGGCUCUAUCGGGGCAGAGCACCGAACCGGACCGUGGAACGGUUCCGAUAGAGGAGAACCGGAGGGAUUGGGGGGCAAAGCGGAGCCUGGAGCGGCUUUAGCGGAGCUCAGGGCUGAGCGCGGGGCUCUCAGCACGGGGAUUCGGGGAUCGGAACGGACGCUGCGGGGUUUAAAGCGACAGAAACGGAUCUCGGCGGGGUUCUACCGGCGAUUCUAACGGAACCGAGGGGUUAAAAGGGAGAACCGGAGCUGAGAACGGCUCCGGAGCGGAGCAUCGGACCUCGGAAAGGACUCGAACCGGGACUUACAGCACAGAACCGGGAUUUAAGUGCAAAUAAACGGAACGCGGGAAGGCUUUCGCGGGACUCAGAACCGGGAUUUACAACACAGAACCGGGAUUCUAUAGCUCAGAAUUAGACUCGGGAUCGGGAUUUACAUCGGAGAACCGGGAUUUACACCGAGAAAGCGGGGCCUAUAGACCCGAACCGGGACUCACACCGGAGAACCGGGACCCGGAAGCCCCGAACCGGGAUUUACACCGGAGAACCGGGACCCGGAAGCCCAGAACCGGGACUUACAGCCCAGAACCGGGUUCUACAACCCCGAACCGGGACCCGGAAGCCCAGAACCGGGCCCUACAGCCCCGAACCGACCCGAGAACCAGGACUUCCAGCCCCGAACCGGCCUGAAACCGGGACCCGCAGCACAGAACCGGCUCCCAGAUCCCAGAACCGACCCCCCUCCCCACCUCUCCCCUCCCCCCCCCAGCGAUGCCAUUGCCCUGAGCUCCUCCCGUAGGCCUCAGCGCAGCCUUGGCGUGGAGGCGCGGCCCCCGCCGCCCCGGGGCCAUGUACCAAGGCUUCCCGGGGGACUACGAUUCCGGUUCCCGUUGCAGUUCGUCACCUUCGGCCGAAUCUCAGUACCUUUCUUCGGUGGAUUCGUUCGGGAGCCCCGCGGCGGCGGCUGCCGCUCAGGAGUGCAGCGCACUGGGGGACAUGCCCGGCUCCUUCGUGCCCACCGUGACGGCCAUCACCAGCAGCCAGGACCUGCAGUGGUUGGUGCAGCCCACCCUCAUCUCUUCGGUGGCCCAAACUCAACCCCCCCAACCUCAAUCUGGGGGUCCUAUGGCUCAUCCGCCACCUCCUCCUCCGCCUCCGACCGGUCCUGGUGCUCCCGUAGAUCCUUAUGACCUUCCAGGACCCAGUUAUUCUACUGCUGGGAUGGGGGGGUUCCCCUCUACUGCCGCCCCCCCCCCUGCCAGAGCCACCAGGGCCAGAGCGCGACGCAGCCGGGAUGAGACGCUGACACCAGAGGAAGAGGAGAAGCGCCGGGUGCGCCGAGAGAGGAACAAAUUGGCAGCUGCCAAAUGCCGCAACCGCCGCCGGGAGCUGACGGACAGACUGCAGGCGGAAACCGACCAGCUGGAAGAAGAAAAAGCCGAACUGGAAUCGGAGAUCGCCGAACUCCAGAAGGAGAAGGAACGCCUGGAGUUCGUCUUGGUGGCCCACGCCCCAGCCUGCAAGCUUCCCUACGAGGAACCCCCACCUCUGGGUGCCGGCCCCGCCGAGGUGAGCACCUUGGGCAAAGAGGAACCGCCGGGGCCCGUCGCCUUCCCGUACCAACCGGGCACCCAAGGUCCCUUCCCCAGCUGCUGCUUCGCGCCGGGGGUCCCCCCGGUGCCACCUAACCCCUCCUAUACGUCUUCGUUUGUGUUCACCUACCCAGAGGGAACCACCUGCGGAGCCUCGCAUCAGCGGAGCAGCAGCAGCGACCAGUCCUCGGACUCCUUGAAUUCUCCCUCGCUCCUCGCGUUGUGAAUGGGUUGUGUCCCACCCCAUCCCCUCCGCCCCCCCCCCCAAA